GGAGCCGCAUCCGCCCAUGUGCCGCAGGUUCUCUUACAUCGACCUCCUAAGAGUCGCGCUGUAAGAAGCAACAACCUCUCCUCUUCGUCUCCGCCAUCCGCUCUGCAGCCGCGAAGCAGCAGCCAUGCGUGAGUGCAUCUCCAUCCACGUUGGCCAGGCUGGUGUCCAGAUUGGCAAUGCCUGCUGGGAACUCUACUGCUUGGAACAUGGCAUCCAGCCUGAUGGCCAGAUGCCAAGUGACAAGACCAUUGGGGGGGGAGAUGACUCCUUCAACACCUUCUUCAGUGAGACAGGCGCUGGCAAGCAUGUGCCCAGGGCAGUGUUUGUAGACCUGGAACCCACAGUCAUUGAUGAAGUUCGCACUGGCACAUACCGCCAGCUCUUCCACCCAGAGCAGCUCAUC